AGCCAAACCCUUUAUAUCAAAAACCUUAACGAUAAAGUACACCAUGACUUGAUCAAACAUAGCUUAUACCUUUUGUUCUCCAGUUAUGGGGACGUGAUAGAUAUUGUCAUCAAACCACACGAUAGAAAGAUGAGGGGACAAGCUCAUAUAAUCUUGAAUAGUAAUCAUAAUGCUACUGUUGCUUUGAAAAAUCUACAGAAUCUGGAGUUCUUUGGUAAACCGUUAAACAUUGCAUUUUCCAAUCAUAAAUCAAAAGUGAUCCAGAGAGCAGAGGGCGAUGAAAACUAUGAACUGGACGAUCAGGAUACUCCGUCUUAU